AAAAAAACCUCUCACUCCUCCCCUAUUUCCACGCUCUCUCUCUAUCUCUCUCUCUACAAACAAACACUCGCCGGAAAACCACCAUUCAAUCCAUUUUCUCCACAAAAGUUGUCAUGGAGGCCGGUGGAAAGUUGAAGAAAGGUGCUGCCGGAAGGAAAGCAGGCGGUCCGAAGAAGAAACCGGUCACACGGUCCGUUAAAGCCGGUUUGCAGUUUCCUGUUGGUAGGAUCGGCCGGUACCUCAAGGUUGGACGCUACGCGAAACGAGUCGGUACUGGUGCUCCGGUUUAUCUCGCUGCUGUGCUUGAAUACCUUGCUGCUGAGGUUUUGGAAUUGGCUGGAAAUGCUGCAAGAGACAACAAGAAGAACAGAAUCAACCCUAGGCACGUGUUGUUGGCUGUGAGAAAUGAUGAUGAGCUUGGAAAGCUUCUUGCGGGUGUGACAAUCGCUCAUGGGGGUGUUCUUCCAAACAUCAAUCCGGUUCUUUUGCCAAAGAAGUCUCAUGACAAAGCUGCAAAGGAACCCAAAUCUCCGGCUAAACCAACCAAAUCUCCGAAGAAAGCUUAGUUUGUUUAUCCACAUUUCCAUGGUGAUGUAGGGUAUAUCAAAUUUAUUGUGUUUUUAGGGAUGAUUUAGUAGGAUUGUAUUGUGAUGCUAUGUUGAUGUUAGGACCUAGGUGUGAAGAAAGAAGAAGAAUCUCUCUUUUUCUAAAUGAAAAUUGUUAAAUUUCUGAAGUUAUGAAAUCCUUUGAACAAGUGUUUGAUUGAUGUGUACUA